UCGGAAUUGUUUUACAGUGUGAGCCGGGAGUACACGCGAACCGCAGUCGCUAACUCAGUAGGGCGCCAGACGGAGGCCCGGCAACAUUUACGCUUGCUCCCUUACUGAUCCUCCAAAGAAAUAUUAGCGAUACAUCGAGCGUGAAAAGCUCAUACUUUUGUCGCUAUAGUGAUCUUGUUAUUACUUUAAUACGACUUUAGUAUAUGUUUAAAAAUAGAAUGAACUUUUUUAAAAGUGCACUUUGUGAAUUAGUGAUUACGUCAUAAGCCGUAGCGCGUAAUUCGUAGCAGCGUAGCAGCGUAGGGGUGUAGCGUGAGGGUCAGAGACCGCGAGGCGCGGUCGAUAGCAGGUAGCUUACAUAACUUCGCGGUCUGUUCACCCCAAUUGUAUAUCUAACUAGAAAUAUGAUGGACGAGAAAAGUGAACGUCUACAACUUCAGCCCGUUUCUGAGCCAGUAACGCCGCGCCGAGAGGCUGAUAACGAUGCCAAUACCGAUAAUGGCCGAACUGGGGCAACAGAGGAGACGGAGUAUGACCCACAUGAUCAUCGAGAACUCGAAAACCCAACUAACAAUAUGGAGACGUUGGUGCAUCUGCUCAAAUGCAGUCUUGGCACCGGUAUCCUCGCGAUGCCGCAAGCGUUCGCCCGCGCCGGUCUGAUCACAGGAAUUUUGGGAACAAUAUUGGGAGGCAUACUCGUUACACACUGUUUGAAAGUAUUGCUACGCUCGCAGUACGAGGCCUGUCGCGCGCGUCGUGUACCUCAACUUGCAUACCCACAAGCAGCGGCGGCGGCGCUGUCCCACGGCCCGGGAUUCCUGCGUCGGCUUUCGAAACCAGCUCCUGCCCUUGUUGACGCCUUCCUCGUCCUAUAUCAGCUCGGCAUCUGUUGUGUUUACAUCGUUUUUAUCUCUGAUAACCUAAAAAAGGUGGUCGACCCGAUACGAGAGCUGCCAGUGGAGGUGUACACAGGUGCAUUGCUUUUACCACUGGUCGCCUUCAACCUGAUUCCAAGUCUUAAGCUGCUCGCGCCCUUCUCAGCGCUCGCAAAUGUUUUAAUCUUCUUGGGACUUGGCAUUACUCUCUAUUUUCUCCUCUCGGGCGAGCGUUCUACGGAGCCACUGGAUCUCUGGGGCUCUGCAGCUACAUUUCCACUUUUCUUUGGAACCAUUCUGUUCGCGCUCACUGCUGUCGGCGUUGUGAUAGCAGUAGAAAAUAAUAUGAAGACGCCGAAAGCCUUCCUGAAGCCAUGUGGUGUGCUUAAUACCGGCAUGUUCAUCAUCGUGGUGCUCUACGUAACAAUUGGUGCGGUUGGCUACACAUACUGCGUUUCCAAAUGCAGUGACUCUAUCACUCUUGAUCUACCAAAAGGCCCGCUAGCGGCCAGCGUGAUGAUUAUGUUUGCGGUGGCUAUCUUCAUCAGCUACGGUCUCCAUUGCUACGUGCCAGUGGAAGUAGUGUGGAAGGGAUACCUUCUACCGCGGCUGCAACAAAACGGAAGUCAGCGAAUUCGGCUUUGGGAGUAUGGCUUGCGGGUAGUGCUUUGCCUAUUGACCUUUGUGCUUGCCGUAUCAGUGCCGCGUCUGGGGCUUUUCAUCUCACUCUUCGGUGCUUUGUGUUUGUCGGCGUUGGGCAUAUGCUUCCCUGCCCUGAUGGAGGCAUGCCAGUGGUACCCGAAGCGGGCGAGCGUGGAAAGAUCCCUGAUGUUCCUUAAGGAUGCUUUUCUAUUCGUGGUCGGUUUGGUUGGCUUAGUGGCCGGCACGUACACUGCCCUUGUCAGUAUCGUGCGCUCUUUUGGCCCUGCCCCGACCGAUUGACCGCUCCUCACUUCACUCCCCGCCAGCAUUUCAUAUGAUAGUCGCGGUUAUCAUCUCGUAAGCGUCAACUCUUUUGCGAAAGGGUUUAAAAGUUUUGUUUGCUAACGGAGCUUUUUUAUUGCCAACUUUUUUAUAAGUACUACCAGUAUAUAGCCUCGAAUAACAUCAUUUCUUAAAUCAAAUAGUUUAAUUUUUUUUAUAGUUUGUAUUUUUUAUUUUAUGGUGGUUUGUAUUAACACUGUUUAUUUUAUCUACUUGAUUUCGCUGGUGUCCACAUGUUAUAGGGACGGCACCGCUUAUAUUUUUGUAUGUAUGUCAAUUUAUAUCAUGUGUUUGCCCUAAUUUGUGGUCCAAAUAAAAAAAACCAUCCAGCAAUAGAACUAUCAAAACUAUUUCCGAUAAUUACUGCUAAUAAGGCAAUACAGCGUAGCAAUCAUGGUUUCUACGAUGAUGAUAAUUGUACAAUGACGUAAUAUACACUGUGAUUUAUAUCGCUAUGUUGGGGAUUUACAAUAACUAUUCAUAGUGUAAGAGAGCUUCUAGCUUUUAAGUGCUGAUAUUAUUUGUACUUUUAAUAUAGGAGAUACAAUAUUUUAUGUGUUUUAAAUCAAUUUUAUUUUAAGAUUGUAUAAAUAAAAUUAUUUAUAAUUUAAUUUUUAAUUGCACGUCAAUUAGAAAAAGCAAUGAUAGUUAUUAAAAUAUAUUAUGUUAUUUAAA